AUGCCAGGCUCUUUUGCCUCCUCUGGUGCUGGUCGCAACGACAAUAGAGAUGAACACUUGUGCCACCGCUUUCCUUCCACAAAUGACUACUCCGACAGUUCCAGCUUCAAUGGCAAUGCAGAUGGCGAUCUGACUCGGCAAGAGCGCAGCAAUCACACAAGCAGCAGUGAGCAGGGCGACGAUGCACAUGGCAGUGAUGGCGCUGGAGAUGGUGGUGGCAGUGGCAGGGACAAUGUCAAUCAACUUGCCGAUGACGUGCAGCCAGCCAGCAUAUAUACGGACAUGCUGCCUGUUCAGUAUCAGCAUAAUGCGAUCCCUCGGGUGGGGUUCCACUGGCGCGGCAAGUGGCAUAUUGUCACGAAUGGCAGAUUCACUGGGAUCACCGCAAAUUGCCCCGAAGAGGCUCCUCCGGCUUUCCUUGUCAUCAAUGCAACUGCCGCAAAUAGCCUGGAACUUGACACAACGACUCCUGCUGCUAGCUCUGUUCUCACUGCUGACCCCUCCUCCGCUGCUGGCCCGUCCUUGGACGCCAGCCCUGGCUCCAGCUCUAGCCCUGCUGCUAGCCCUGCUCCUGCCACCGGUUCACCGCCUACGCGUACCACACGUGCCGCCGCCGGUUUGACAUCCACACGCACCACACACACUGCACGCACCGCGCCUAGUGCAACACCCGCACGCACCACGCCUGGUGCAACGCCUGCACACACUGCGCCUGGUGCAAAGUCUGCAUGUGCUCCCUCUGCUCCCACAGGCCCUGCUCCUGCUUCUAUGCCUGCUGCUCCUGCAGCCAUUCCCAUGUCCAGCGUGGAUCCACCUGUCACUGGUGAGAACCACGAGGCUGGGCUGAAUGGCUUUUCUGCCACUGUCUACUGGCCAGCAGUUCCACACGGCUUCAUUCAAAUGCUUCGUGACACCCCUCCGACAGCAGCAUUUGUGUCGUCAAGGCCACCACCAUCUUUCUCCUUGCGGCCGACCACAUCACUGCCAUGGCCCACAUCACCACCACUGUUUGCACCACCAUCGUCCCCCCAUUCUCCAAGCAGUCGCCCAGUCCCCUCAUCAUGGCCACCACCACCAUUCACUCGCCCCGCGUCGAGUGCACAGUAUGCGCCCUACGGCUUCGAUAUGUUUGGUUGUCCUCGCCGACACCCUCUUCCAACUGCUGAGCACUCGGCAUCUAGGAGCUGGACUCCAUCGGUCAGCGAUUCGGGCACUUUUGACCCUUCAUCCCUGCUGCUCAACCCUGUCCCAUCGCAGGACAUUUCCACGCUGCCUCCCUCGACUAUGUUGGCACUGUCACCUCCCUCCAUGUCUCCAUUGCAGGUCUCUGUAGGCGAGCCACAAGUUGACGUCUAG